AUAAUCGCGGGGUGCCCCACCCUACGAGAUGCUUCAGUACACCACCAGAAAAAAAAAAGAGGAAAACCCUGCCGUCUCACUCACAGUCAAGAACGCAAUGCCGAAAUCGUCAGAUAGCAGGCGCGGUGGUGCCCGCAAGGGGCCAUACGAUAAGCCUGAAGCUCGCAAGUCAAUCUUCAAAUACAACACGAAUAUUGGCCAGCACAUCUUGAAGAACCCUGGCAUCGCCGAUAUGAUUGUCGCAAAGGCAAACCUCAAACCCACCGACACCGUCCUCGAGAUCGGUCCUGGAACCGGCGUCCUCACCACACGCAUUCUAGAACAAGCCAAAGCGGUCAAGGCCGUAGAGCUCGACAUACGCAUGGGAGCCGAGUUAACAAAAAGAGUCCAAGGCAAGCCCGAGCAGCAAAAGUUGGAAAUUAUCAUGGGUGAUUUCGCCAAAUUGGAUCUCCCGGAAGCACUCCCACCCUUCGAUGUUUGCAUUAGCAAUACCCCGUACCAGAUUUCGUCCAUCAUCAUCUCCAAGCUCAUCUCUCUGCCUCGGCCUCCACGCGUCAGCAUUCUUAUGGUCCAACGAGAAUUUGGGCUACGGUUAUGCGCUCGACCUGGCGAUUCCUUAUACUCUCGCCUUUCAGUCAACACACAAUUCACCUCCAAAGUCGCCCUGAUUGCCAAGGUCGGCAAGAACAACUUCUCGCCGCCACCCGAAGUCGAAUCCGUUGUCGUGAGACUUGAGCCACGACCAGAAGUGCCUGCCGCCAACAUACAGGAGCUAGACGGCAUGUUACGUAUCUGUUUCUCGAGGAAGAACAAGACUCUACGAGCGAGCUUCAUUGAUUCGGAGGAGCUCUGCCAGCGAAACUGGAUCACUUGGGCGGCUAUGGAUCCCGAAAAAGUCAGCGAGCAAGACUUGCAGUUCUUCCGUGACAGCGAAGACACAAUAGACGCUCACCAGUCUGUAUGCGGAAUUCCCGUUAGCAAGGCCACUCUCAAGAGCUUCAUCCGGAGCAAGAUUGAGCAUGUCCUUGAGAAGACUGAACUCUCUGAAGCACGAUCAGCCAAGUGUGACGAAAACGACUUCUUACGACUUCUUUUGGCGUUCCGCGAGAACAACAUUUAUUUUACAUAAUGUCCAACAUAACGAUCGCACAACAUAUUUUAUCCAACCACAUCUUCAACCCGGUCUGGCCAGCUUGAGACUUCUAUCAUCAGCACCACUCUCGGCUCGUCUCUAACACCAAGGAAAUUCGAGUCCAGCGACACGAAUUCGCAUGAGAAUGAGAUCCUCGCUGGGAGUACAGUCGCUUUAUGGAUGAUAGAGAAGGAGAGUGAGGAGGACGAUGUCCCCAGCCCAACCUGCGCCAAGCCAACUCUCCAGUUUCAUCCGAGAGCCGCUAUUGCCGCGCAUUAUACCCCGAUAAUGGAGAUUAUCAUGACUGCAUCGAAAGAGGAACAAAUAGUAGUCUACUGUAGUUCGGAGAUUCGAGGUUGUCACCCGGAAAAACUCCUCAGGGCCGCGUAGCUUGGCAUGAAUGCAACACCCUGGUUCAUCCUAAAUCGCCCGAUAAUUGUACACUGAUGUCAUGCCGCAGAUGAGAGAGCUGCAUGGAAUAAUCCCAGGCUUUGAUCGCUGGCUUACCUGCUGCAUAAGGCCACGCGAAAAUUCUCUUGCUUGUCGUUUUUUCUAGAAGGUGCAAUAUGAUUGGUUGCAGUAAUAA